AUGAGCGGAGCCAUCGACGCCAAGUAUUAUUUGCAGGACCAUCGAAUUCCCCAGCUGUUUGAGGGACUCAUGACGGGACUCAUCUUCCAUCGACCCGUUGACCCUUUGGAGUAUCUUGAGAGAGCUAUCAUCAAAGUGCGAACCCAGCCCAACAUGGCGAUUACAUGGGACAUGUUCAUUGCGGAAAAUAUAGGAGAGGCAAAUCGGAACUACCCUGGCGGACAACCGCCGAAAACUGUUUAUCAGCCGGUGGUACCGCGCCCGGUGAUUACUACGAACACGAAUGAAGAACCUUUGCCGGAAAUUAACGAAAGCGAGUAUUCAAAAGAGCCUUCAAGAACCAACACUGUUGAGCAUCGAAGCCCAGAGCCUCGUUUGGAAUCUGAAGAAGAAAUGGUUGUCCAUCGUGUUCCUUCGGUAACAAAAGCGGCUGAAGUUGCCCGCAUUCCCGAAGUUCCUGUAAUUCUUUUCAUGGGUGGUCCUGGUGGUGGUAAGACUCGUCAUGCUGCUAAAGUGGCUGAUGCACUCAUGGACCAAGGACUCGUUCAUAUAUGUAUGCCAGAUAUUAUUCGUUCUGCUCUUGCGAAAUAUAAAGACAAAUACCCAGAAUGGAAAGAAGCUAAUGAACAUUAUAUGAGAGGAGAACUCAUUCCCAAUCAGUUGGCUCUCAUGCUUUUAAAGGCGGAAAUGGGCCGUCACCCAAAUGCGCAUGGCUUUUUCCUUGAAGGUUAUCCUCGCGAAGCACGCCAGGUUGAAGAUUUCGAACGGCAGGUGAAGUCAGUAAAUAUGGCCCUUAUCCUUGAUUAUGAUGAACGAACAUUACGAGAGCAUAUGGAGCGAAGAGGUCUCGGAAUGGAAAUAAUCGAUCAAAAAAUCAAGGAGUUCAAACAAAAGACAUUGCCAUCUGCAAAAUAUUUUGACGAUCAAAAACUUCUUCAUUUGAUUCCCGGUGAAAAAGAAGAUCAAGUCAUUUACGAACGAAUGAAGUCACUGGUCCUCAAAGCGUUGGAAACUGGGGUUCCAGUUUUGAAUACAAAACCCCCAAGUAGUCAUAGAAAACACUUGACUUCACCAAAAGGAGAUGAGUCGCAAGAUUCAUCGAGAUCAGCUCCAAUUGAAGCUCAAGUUGAAAAUACCACUAUAGAAACAGCUGUGGAUGAAAAUCAUGCUGUCAUUCGAGAGCCAGUUUCAAAACCGCGAUCCCAGAAACAGUCAAGAAGUGUUGCUAAUGGCGAUUUUAUUGAGCCUAUAGGAUUACCAAAUAAUGCUCCAGUAAUUCUGGUGCUCGGUGCCCCAGGCUCACAGAAAAAUGAAAUUGGAAGGCGAAUUACACAAAAAUAUGAUGGAUUUACAUUAUUAUCGAUGGGAGAGAUUCUUCGUAAAAAGGUGAACUCGGAGAAGAAUGACCCGCUAUGGGAGAAGGUUGGAAAGAAAAUGAGCCACGGAGAGUCCAUACCAACGAAAAUUUGCCGUUCGAUAUUAUAUGAAGAACUUCAAUCAAGAGGAAACACAAAUUGGGGCUAUGUUAUUGAAGGCUAUCCGAAAUCUUCGGAUCAACUCGCCGAAUUGGAGCAUGCUCUUCAACGAAUGGACCUUGCAAUUCUUAUCGAUUGCACUGAGCAAUUUUGCCUAGAAACGAUUAAGAAGCGAAAUAAAGAAAAUCACCGUGCUGACGAUAGCGAUGAAUCUGUGGCAGCGCGUAUGGAUUUCUUUAAAAGAAAUACUCUUCCAAUGCUGAAAUCGCUAGACGAGAGGGGAAAAUUGCGUGUGGUGAGAAAUCCGCAUGAGACGGUUGAUGGAGAUUCGGAUCCCGACACGGUAUUUAAAGACGUCGUUCAAGUGAUUGAUGGCGCUUUGUUCAUUGAAGAUGAUGGGGAUGGAACAAGUCUCGGCGAUUCAAAAAAAGGUGCUUUGCAGUCUUCAAACAAUUCUUCGGCAGUACAAUAA